ACACCAUUAUUUUGAAGGGAAAAUCUAGGAUUGCAUCAUUGUCGGCAAAACGGAGGCUAGCCAGUAAUAGAGUUACAGGUCUCUAGUCACAUCUUCAGAAAGGGAAGCUUUUAACAAAAUGUUAAAUGAAAAUAAUUUUUGAAAGAUUAUUGGAGAAAAAGUGACAAAGAAGAGGACUGGCAUUACCACUGUCUAUAUUUCGGCUUGCGUGGAAGAGGAAGAAGAGCCGACUAUUGACACAAGAAGACAGAGAGGAGGAGGAGGGAGAGAAGUGGGCAACUGCCUCCAAGAUGAGUCUGUCUGUGGAACAUGUGACCGACAACAAAUCUAAGAGCCAAAACCACCUGGAGAAGGUACACUCCCCUGUACCCAGCUGUUUGUCCAUGAAGAGUGACCACUCCAUGGAACAGCCAAUAAAGUUUGGAGAGGGAGGCAUUUCUACUGAACAAGGACUGAUCCAUCAGGAGAGAACAGACUCCCCUGUACCCAGCUGUCUGUCCAUGAAAAGUGACCACUCUAUGGGACAGCCAAUAAAGUUCAGAAAGGGAGACAUUUCUACUGAACAAGGACUGAUCCAUCAGAAGAGAACAGACUCCCCUGUACCCAGCUGUCUGUCCAUGAAGACUGACCACUCUAUGGGACAGCCAAUAAAGUUUGGAGAGGGAGGCAUUUCUACUGAACAAGGAAACCAACAGGAGAGAUCAGAGAUUCCCAGUGUUCAGUCUGUCAAGAGUCAAACAGACCUGGAGUUCAUUUUCAGGUCACUUGAAGAGAGUGUUGUCAGAUUUGUGAAGAAAGAACUGAAGAGAUUCAAGAUGAUUCUGAGUCCAGAUCUCCCAGAAUUCUUGGAGAGUCAAAAGGAAGAGGUGGAUACUGAAGAUGAGAAGCAGGAGAGCAGUGCCAGAGAGGGGGCUCUGAAGAUCACCCUGCACAUCCUGAGGGACAUGAACCAGAAAGAUCUGGCUGACACGCUGGAACAAAGUCUUGUAGAUGAUCCUGUUAUGAAGAGCCAACUCAAACUUAAAUCUCAUCUGAUGAAGAGAUGUGAAUGUUUAUUUGAGGGGAUACCUAAACAAGGAAACUUAAAACUUCUCAAUAGUAUCUACACAGAGCUCUACAUCACAGAGGGUGGAAGUGGAGAGGUCAAUAAUGAACAUGAGGUGAGACAGAUUGAAAUGGCAUCCAAGAAACCAGCAAACACAGAGACGCCAAUCAAAUGCAACAACAUCUUUAAACCUUUACCUGGUCAAGACAAACCUAUCAGAACUGUAUUGACAAGGGGAGUUGCUGGCAUCGGAAAAACAGUCUCGGUGCAGAAGUUCAUUCUGGACUGGGCUGAAGGAAAGGCCAAUCAGGACAUCCAGUUCUUAUUUCCACUGUCUUUUCGGGAGCUUAAUUUGAUGAAAGGGAAGAAGCACAGCUUGCUGCAACUUCUUAAUCACUUCUAUAUAGAAACCAAAGAUUCUGGAUUCUGCAACUUUGCAGAGUACAAAAUGUUGUUUAUCUUUGACGGUCUGGAUGAGUGUCGACUUCCUUUGGACUUUAAGAACAGUGAGCAUUGUUCUGAUCCUACAGUGUCACCCACAGUGGAGGUGCUGCUGACAAACCUCAUCAAGGGGAAUCUGCUUCCCACAGCUCUACUAUGGAUAACCUCCCGACCUGCAGCAGCCAAUCAAAUUCCCCCAGAUUGUGUUGACCGAUUGACAGAGGUACAAGGUUUCAAUGAACCUCAGAAGGAGAAAUACUUCAAGAAGAGAUUCAAGGACAAUGAAAAUCUGGCCAACAGAAUAAUCUCUCACAUACAGACAUCAAGAAGCCUUCAUAUCAUGUGCCACAUACCAGUCUUCUGUUGGAUCUCUGCCACAGUACUUGAGCACCUGUUAAAAACAGACAAAAGUAGAGAAAUGCCCAAGACUAUGACUCAACUGUACAUUGGCUUAGUGGUGUUUCAGAUCAAACAGAUGAAUAAUAAAUAUCACAGUAAAGAUGAGAUACAUUGGAAUAUGAAAACCAUCAUGGCCCUGGGAAAGCUGGCCUUCCAGCAACUAAAGAAAGGCAACCUGAUUUUCUAUGAGAAAGACCUGGAACAGUGUGACAUUGAUAUCAAAGAUGCAUCAGUGUACUCCGGAAUGUGCACACAGAUCUUCAGAGAGGAUUAUGGGCCGUUUCAGAAUAAGGUGUACUGCUUUGUGCAUCUUAGCAUUCAGGAGUUUCUGGCUGCAUUGUAUGUGUUUCUCACAUUUAUCAAUGACAACAUCAAUCUUAUGGCUGAACCACAAUCAAGAAAAAGUCUCACACUGUUCAGGAAGAAACAUCCUGAAUCAGUCUUCCUCCAGAGUGCUGUGGACCAGGCCUUACAGAGUGGGAAUGGACACCUGGACCUGUUCCUCCGAUUCCUUCUGGGCCUUUCAAUGGAGUCCAAUUUGACUCUUCUACAUGGUGUACUGACACAAACAAGAAGCAGCUCCCAGACCAGAGAGGAAACAGUCAAGUACAUUAAGGAGAAGAUCAGGGAGAAUCCUUCCCCAGAGAGAUGCAUUAAUCUGUUUCACUGUCUGAAUGAACUUAAUGAUCAUUCUCUUGUGGAAGAAAUUCAAAGCAACCUGAACUCAGGAAGUCUCUCAGAAGCUACACUGUCACCUGCACAGUGGUCAGCUCUGGUGUUUGUAUUGCUGACUUCAGAAGAGAAACUAGAUGUGUUUGACCUGAAAAAAUACUCAAGAUCAGAGGAAGGUCUUUUGAGGCUGAUGCCAGUGGUCAAAGCCUCCAGAAAAGCACUGCUUAAUGGAUGUAACCUAACAGAGAGUUGUUGUAAAGGGUUGGCCACAACACUCAGCUCAACCUCCUCCCACCUGAGAGAGCUGGACCUGAGUAACAAUGACCUGCAGGAUUCAGGAGUGAAGCUGCUCUCUGCUGGACUGAAGGAUCCACACUGUAAACUGGAGACACUGAGGUUAACAGGCUGUGAGGUCACUGAGGAAGGUGGUGGUUCUUUGGCUUCAGCUCUGUUGUCAAACCCCUCCCACCUGAGAGAGUUGGAUGUGGAGCUGGAGGUGUUUGACCUGAAGAAAUACUCCAGAUCAGAGGAAGGUCUUCUCAGGCUGCUUCCAGUGGUCAAAACCUCCAAAACAGCUCUACUGAAUGAAUGUAGCCUCGCAGAGAAAGGCUGUGAAGCGUUGGCCUCAGUUCUCAGCUCAACCUUCUCCCACCUAAGAGAAGUGGACUUGAGUGAAAAUGACCUGCUGGAUUCAGGAGUGAAGAGGAUCUCUGCUGGACUGGAGAGUCCCCACUGUAAACUGGAGACUCUGAGAUUGAAUCGAUGCAGAUUAACAAAGGCAUGCUGUGAGGUGUUGGCAUCAGUUCUUAGCUCAGCCUCCUCCCAUCUGAGAGAGCUGGACCUGAGUAACAAUGACCUGCUGGAUUCAGGAGUGAAGCUGCUCUCUGCUGGACUGGAGAGUCCCCACUGUACAUUGGAGAUACUGAGGCUAUCAGGUUGUCUGGUCACAGAGGAAGGCUGUGCUAGUCUAGCUACGGCUCUGCAGUUAAAUCCCUGCCACCUGAGAGAGCUGGACCUGAGCUACAAUCACCCAGGAGAUUCAGGAGUGAAGCUGCUCUCUGCUGGACUGGAGAACCCACACUGGAGACUGGAGAAACUCAAUGUGGACCAUGGUGGCGACUGCUGGUUGAACCCGGGACUUAAGAAAUAUGUCUGUGACCUCACACUGGACCCAAACACAGCCAACAGAACCCUCUCUCUGUCCGAGGGGAACCGGAAGGUGACAUAUGGAGAGGAGCAGCCAUAUCCGGAUCACCCAGAGAGAUUUGACAUCUGCAGACAGGUGCUGUGUAGAGAGGUUCUGACUGGACGCUGUUACUGGGAGGUGGACAGGACCGGGGAAGGGUCCUACAUAGCGGUGACAUAUAAAGGAAUCAACAGGAAAGGAGAGAGUUAUGACAGUCUACUGGGAGGCAAUGACAAGUCGUGGGUUCUGUACUGCUCUGAUGACAGUUACUUUGUCAGGUACAAUAAUAGCCCCACUCCCAUUGACAUCCCCGCCUCGUCCCGGUCCAACAGAGUAGGAGUGUAUCUGGACUGGCCGGCCGGCACGCUGUCCUUCUACAGUGUCUCCUCGGACACACUGACCCACAUGCACACAUUCCGCUGUAAAUUCACCGAACCCCUCUACCCAGGCUUUUAUGUUAGGUACGGCUCCUCGUUGUCUCUGUAUCGAGUAGAAUAACCUGUGACCUGAAGGGCCACUUCAAACUGCAAUUAAGAUUGGUCAGCGAAUUACAGGGAAUCUCCGUAACGCAGAGGUCAUUGGCGUCUGUUACAGAUCUCAAGUCUAUUUUCAGCCUCUUUGUUAUCCUGUUUGUGUCAUCAUUGCAACUGCUCUUAUUUUAUGAGCCGACUUUGACCAAUGAUCUAUUUCACUGUAAUUAUGUUCAAGUACUUCCUCUUUAAUCAGAGCAAACCUACUGUAUAACGAAUAAGAAAAACAAGUGUUGAGUCUGUAGCCUACUUUAGAUUCAUCUAAAUGUUGAUGACUAAUCUGGUGUGUUCUUUAUGCAUUCAAGCUUGGUUUAGUCUGCAGGCACACGUGAUUUACUGUUCAUAGAGAUUUAAGAAACCCAGCGCUAACCUGCAGAUGAUCAAGCCUCGUUGUUGCAGUCCCCUCGUAUAAGUGUCAUGUAUUUCUUGGGCCAGGCCCUGUAGAGGGUGUGAUGUGACUGUUGACUUUGACCGCUGUUGGCAUUGACUUGGAAUCAAACUCAGACUCAAAAGUUUAGUGACUCGACUGAAUCACUGGUUGGAAUCAUAUGUAAGAUGUGAAUCUCUGAUUCUGAAGAUCUCGGUCCUGAGAUCAUGUACCCGUAGCUCACUUGGUAUAGGGCGGCGCUUGCAACGCUAUGGUUGUGGGUUUGAUUCCUGCGAGGGGAAAAGUAUUAACAUAUUUAUUAAAGUAUUAAAAUGUUUGAAAACAUUAAAUGUGAAAACAUAUGUACUCAAUAAGUGUGUAAUGUCAAAAGACCUUUUCAUUUUACAAUAAACCCUGGGUGUAUUACAUAAAACACAUACUGUAAGUACACACUACUAAGAAACACAUUUACCUCACCUUCAAAUACACAUUAAGGAAAUAGUUGCAUUUAUUACCAAACAGCUCUACUAAUUGGCCCUUUUAACUGCCUUUCAGGCAGCAGUUCAUCCAUUUUCAAAGAAUUCUGCAUUUUGUUCCAAAUAUAUGGCACCAAAAAUGAGUUUUAAGUAUAUUUGUGAAAACCAAGGAAGUCAAACAUGUUUUG